AUGGAUUUUGAUGAAGAAAAAUGGUUAUUAGGCGAAGGCUAAUAUUAUGAAUUUAAAAUAUUAUAUUAACCUGAAAAAUUUAUUGGAAAGAAAAUAGAAUUAAACGAUUUAAUAUUUGCAAUUAGUAAAUAUGGAGGUAUAAUGGCGUCAAUACCAACACUAAACAAAAUUAUAAUAUCAAGUCAAUUAACGAAAGGAAUAUUUUUUUUUACUUGUGAUGGUUUUUUAUACGAGAAUAUUGAAUUUAGUUCAAACAAUUAAUUGAAAUUAAUAUUUGAAGAAAGAUAAAAAAAAGAAAUAAAGUGCUUUGACUUUUUUGAUAAUGAGGAAUUGUUUUUAUUAUUUAGCGAUUAUAGUUAUUUUAUUAUAAAUCCAAAUAAUAAAAACGACUAAAUAACAGUUAGAAAAUUAGCAGUCCGUUAAGAAAAUAUACAUCAAGCUAAAGUAUGCUAAAAUGGAUUUUCUUAUUGUACCUUUUAAAAUAAUCAUUAAAUAAAAUUUUAUUAUAUAUAAAAUGCUUAUAAUCCUGAUAAAGAAUGUCUUUUUAAAAUUCCAUUUUUAAAAGAACUACCACGAGAUUGGAUUUUUUUAUCGUCUUAAUAAUCCAAUUUAAAAAGCUCUGAAUUUUAAAUAACACAUCCGGUAUGCGGAAUUAUAAGCUUGUCAGAAUAAUCUGAAUAAAUUUAUUAUAAUAACAUUAAUGUAAGUUAAAAAAAAAUAUAGCUUCCAAACAUAAAAAACAUUUGCUUAAUUGAUAUAUCUCCAAAUAAUUAACUUAUAGCAUAUUUAGAAAAGACAAUUGAAAAUUUCGUUUUGCAUAUACUUUCAAAUGAUUACGAAGCUUCCUCUUAUUUAUAAAUUCCUGUUGAUAUUGGAUUUUCAGAAUUAAAAGAUUUACAAUUAAUUUGGUGUGGAAAUGACUGUUGUGUAAUAAAAUUUAAUGAAGGUAUUAUUCUUGUGGAAUCAAAAGACUAAGAAAGAAUUAAAAUUAACGAUUUUUUUAUUUUGAGUAAAGAAAUUGAUGGAAUUAAAAUAAUUACAAAAAAAUAAAUUAGGUUUUUGAGGAAAAUACCAGAAUGUCAUUUAAAUGUUUUUAAUGAUUUUUCAAGCAAACCUGGUUAUAAAUUAUAUCAAAAUUAUAUAAAUAUUUCUAAUCGGAUUCCUGUAGAAGAUUAGGAUUUAAGAAAUAGUAAAGAAUAAUUAAAAGAAGCAGUUUUAGAUUGUAUUAAUAGUGCUCUUUUUGUUUUAAAUGAGGAUGAUUAAAAAGAUCUUCUAAAAGCAGCAUCUUAUGGAAAAACUUACUUAGAUUAUAAUGCUUUUGAUCAUAAUUUAUUUCCAUAUAUAUUAAAAAUAAUAAGGAUAACAUAUAAUAUGAAUAGAUAAAAAAUAAAAAGAAUGAUAACGUACAAAAAAAAGGUAAAAUAUCUGUUAAAAAAUUAAGAAAAAUUAUUCAAUAUUUUACUUACUUAUAAUUAUCAUUAAUUAGCAAUUGAUAUAUGUCAAGAUAGUUAGAUAAGAAUAAAAAUAUUAAUUCAUUGGGCGAAACAAUUAAUAGAAAUAAACUAAUAAUCAAGUACUUCUGAUGAAGUAACAGCUUAAAAAAUAAUCUAAUAAGUUAAAUCUUAAUAAAAAUUAUUGGCUAAUAAUAAAUUAUCUUACAUUGAUAUUGUUGAAAAGGCAAUUUAAUGUGGGAAAGAUAAACUAGCUUUAAUUUUAUUAGAAUAAGAGCCUUAAAUGAAAAAAAAAUUCCUAUUUUAUUAAAAAUGGGUGAAGAAUAGAGCAAAAUAGUAAAAUACAAAAAUAUAUUUAAAUUAUAAAAAAAAAAAGGACCUUAAAAAAUCAAUUGAGUAUUUUGAAAAAGCUUUAAAUUAGUCACUUAUAAGUAAAAAUAGUGAUUUAAUAUAUAGGACUAUUUUAAAAAUUGAUGAAUGUUUAUUAGAAGAGAAUUUAAAGUUUAGAAUUUUUUAUUAAAAGCCCGAAUUAGAAAAUCAUUUCAAGAAUAUUUUAAGAUUAAGACUAUAUGAAUGUUAAAAUGAUAAUGAGAGAAUAUAAUCAAUUUACAAUUAUUUUGAUAAAACAAACUAAUAUUAAGAAAAAGGCAAUUAUUUAGUACAAUAAAGUAUAUUCUAAUCAACCAAGAAUCUAUAAUUAGAUACACAAUUAAAAUAUGAAUAAUUACAAGAAGCCGAAAAGGCCUAUAAAAAUACAAAUGAUGAGAAUAGAUUGUUUAAUUUAUAAUGUGUUUAGGAUUAAAUUAAUAUAAAUCAUUUUUAUUAUAAUGAAAUAAUGAAUAAAUAACCUGUUUCAGAAACUUAAAAUGUAAAUAACAUUAUAAAAAAAGUGUCUGAAACAAAAAAUUAAGAUGUAAAAUAAUUAUAAAAGUUAUAUAAAUUAAGUGAUAAAAGACUUUAUUUAUUAAAAAUAAGAAGCUUAUUUGAAAAAAAGGAAUACGAUUAAAUAGAACUUUAUUUAAAGUAAAUUAAUAAAAAAAAAGUUAUUAUUCCUUAUGAAAUUGUAGCUGAUAUUUUUAUCAAAAAUGAUUAAAAAUACUUUGCAAUUAAAUUAAUUCAAAACAUUUAAGAUUUAGAAGAAUAAAUUAAUCUAUUAAUUGAAAUUGAUGAACCUAAAAAAGCUAUUGCUGCUGUUGUACAUUCUGGUAAUAAGAAAAGUUUCGAAUUGUUGGAAUAUAUCAAAACUAAAAUUUUAGAUCCGAAUAUAUUAUAAGAAAUAAAUCAAUAAUAAUAAUAAUAAAUGCUUAAAAAAUGA